UUGGUUAAGCUACUGGUUUAGCACAUGAUGAUGAAGGAGCUAAAGAUGUUGGGCUUUUGGAGGGCUGUCCUUGCUGAAUUAUUUGGGACAACCAUAUUUGUCUUUUCUGGUAUUUCUGCAGCAAUUGGGAAUGGGAACCGCAGCUACCCAGACCAGGAAGUAAAGGUUGCAUUAGCAUUCGGGCUAGCCAUUGCUAUUUUGGGUCAGAGUUUGUGCCAUGUCAGUGGAGGUCAUCUAAACCCAGCAGUCACACUUGGAAUGCUGGUUAGCUGCCAGGUGAGCGUGUGCAGGGCAUUGUGGUACGUUGUGGCACAGGUAACUGGGGCUGUGAUUGCUAGCGGCAUUGUUCUGGGAGUAAGACCAUCAGUGGUGGAUUCACUUGGGCUGAAUAAGCUGAAUGGUGUCAGCCCAGGACAAGGCUUUGGGAUUGAGUUUCUCCUCACACUUCAGAUGGUGCUGUGCUUCCUAGCAACGAUGGAUAAAAGGCGGAACAACAUUGCUGGUUCAGCUCCGUUUGCAGUCGGCCUUUCUGUUGUUAUGGGUCACCUUGCAGGAAUUAGUUACACUGGCUGUGGACUCAACCCUGCUCGAUCGUUUGGUCCAGCUCUGGUGUUGGUGGAGUUUGAGCACCACUGGGUGUUUUGGGCAGGACCGCUGUGUGGCGGUGUUGUUGCAGCGCUCCUAUAUGACUUUGUCCUGUUUCCUAGAGGUACAGACAUUGCUGGCCGGCUGAAGAUUUUGUGUCAUGGUGCUGAGGCUUCAGAUGCAGAAACCGAACCCCUGCUUGAGGGUGGUGCUCCUGCAGCUCAGUGGGAGAAACCAUGAAAAUGGAAAAAUUUUCAAACUGCUGGAAAAUAAACCUGUACUGUAACUGUC